GGGGAGGUUGCUUUACAUCUGCCUGGCCCAGUAAUUGUGAGCUUCCUGCCCAGCCAUUGGCUGCCUCUCUGCUCACUAUAGACUCUGCUUCUCCAUCUGUUCCAACAGUCAUUGUUCUGCUGCUACUGCUGCUGCCUGGAACUCUGCUAAGGACCUGCUCCAGGGGCCCCAUGUCUGUCUGCUCCCCUCUUAAAGAAUUCAGGACCCUUUAUCAAAGCUUCAGAAAGGUGGGACCUGACACAUGUAGCAGCUUCAUGGGAUUAAAGGACCAUCGGAAGAAUAGCCUUGGCCAUCUUUAUGUGGAGAGCAGCGAAACGCACAUAAGUGCGAUUGUACCGUGGACUAUUUUGCGGAAACCAACAAUGGAUAAAACAAAUUCAAGGAAAGAUGAUUCCGAUAAAGACACUUCUGGGGAGACAUGCAGCUCAAGUGGGGACUCAGAAGAAAGCACAAAUUCUGAUAAUGAAUCUGAUCUAUCAGGUAGACUUGUGGCAGAACGUGUAACUAAGAAGCACAGACAAUUAUGCAGAUCCCCUUGUAUAGAACCAUACAUACUAAAGCGCAAUGAGAUUAUACAAGACCUUAGAACAGAGGAAAAUGUAGCAAGUACUAAAGAAAUAAUGAAACCACCAGAUGUGGUUAAGGAAUACCAAACCAAACUGGACUUUGCACUUAAACUAGGUUACUCUGAAGAACAGGUUCUACUUGUCCUCAACAAACUUGGUGCUAAUGCUUUAAUUAAUGACAUUUUGGGGGAGCUUGUCAAACUUGGUAGCAAGAGUGAGAAUGAACAGAAUGGUGGUGGAAAUGGUGCAGUCUUGCGGGAGACCUCCUCCAUGGAGUCUCAGAGACCAGAAUCUCCUUUCCAGCAAGAGCUGAUUGAUGAUACUGAAAACCUAAGACCUAUUGUCAUUGAUGGCAGCAACGUUGCAAUGAGUCAUGGCAAUAAAGAAGUCUUUUCUUGCCGUGGGAUUAAGUUGGCUGUCUCCUGGUUUUUGGAAAGGGGCCAUAAAGAUGUGACUGUGUUUGUCCCUGCAUGGCGGAAGGAGCAGUCCAGGCCUGAUGCACUCAUUACAGAUCAGGAAGUCUUAAGAAAAUUGGAAAAGGAAAAGAUCCUCGUCUUUACCCCCUCUCGGCGUGUUCAGGGCAGAAGGGUUGUGUGCUAUGAUGACCGUUUUAUAGUGAAGCUGGCAUUCGAGUCGGAUGGAAUCAUAGUGUCUAAUGACAAUUACAGGGAUUUGGCAAAUGAAAAGCCCGAGUGGAAGAAGUUCAUUGAUGAGAGGCUGCUAAUGUAUUCCUUUGUUAAUGACAAGUUUAUGCCUCCGGAUGAUCCAUUGGGGCGCCAUGGGCCGAGCCUCGAUAACUUUUUGAGGAAGAAACCUGUAGUCCCUGAAUACAAGAAGCAGCCAUGUCCUUAUGGAAAGAAAUGUACAUAUGGGCAUAAGUGCAAAUAUUAUCACCCCGAAAGGGGUAGCCAACCGCAGCGUUCAGUUGCCGAUGAACUCCGUGCCAUGUCUAGAAGCAGCGCAGCCAAAACAGCGAGUGAAGUUGGACUUGUUAAAAGCAACAGUGUCCCUUCCAAUACCAAGAUGGAUACCAACUAUGACUUGAAACGUUCUACCCCAAAGAGGCAAUCAGACCCCAGUAUAAGGACUCAAGCGUAUGACUUAGAAGAAAAACUUCCUACCAAAAAUAAGUUUGAAAGCAGGUCUGUGCCAUCUUUAGUUAGUAUAUCUACUAAUAAACCCCAAAGCACAACACCACUGAGCAAUGGAAUUCUUUCAGUUGGCCAUUUCUCAUCUCAGGAUAAAGCAUCUCCUGCCCUCUAUUCUCCAGGUUUUAGGUCUACAAAAAGUCACAGUGCCAUGUCAUGUGAUCAGUAUCCCCAAUGUGACUCGCCAGUGGAUGCAGGAUAUUACUCCAUGAUGAAUGCUUAUUCAAAUCUUAGUAUUUCUGGAGCUCGAAGUCCUGAAAGGCGUUUCUCAUUGGACACGGAUUACAGAAUUAGCUCAGUAGCUUCUGACUGCAGCAGUGAGGGAAGCUUGAGCUGUGGUAGCAACGACUCAUAUGUCGGCUACAAUGACCAUUCUCACGUCAGCUCUCCAGAUCCACCAUUGGAUGAAAACAUAAAGUAUCAGCACGUGCAUCCUCACCCACGCUCAGGUUCUCAGACAUAUAUGUCUUGCUACCAUGAUCCUUUAAAUAGAGUCCAAAGUUUUGGUCAUGAGCAGGAACAAAAGCAUCACCACAAGCCACAGCCUCCAUACAUGUCAGGACCUCCUCAACACCUUACUGUUGCAGCCCGUUCAAGCUGUCCAAAUGAUUAUCGCAUUUCCCAGAAUUCCCCUAUUUCCAAGAACGGGAUUAUGGGUAGAUCUUUAGUCUCCACAAGAAUGGAAAGUGUCUCGGAUUCUCGUUUGUAUCAAAGUCCCCCACCCCGACAUCAUAAGCAAUUUUUAAGCCAAGAAGCCACUGGGAGCUGGGAUAGGCCUUAUGGCGUGGAGUCUUAUGGUUACUGUCAGAAUUAUUCUGUGUCUGGCAACCCUUCACAACCAUGUUAUGAGCAAUUUGCUUUCCAAAGCCCACCAGACCACCAGGAUCAUAGUUGGCGGAUACCGUACUGUGGUCUACAGCAAGAACCUCCAAGAUAUCCUCUGGGUGCCAGAGAGAAAGUUUUUAUAAACCUAUGCAACAUUUUUCCCGCGGAACUUGUUCGGUUAGUUAUGAAAAGGAAUCCACACGUCAUGGAUGCUCAGCAGCUUGCGGCAGCCAUUUUAGUGGAGAAAUCCCAGUAUGGAUACUGAAAAAAAAUACACCUUUUGAGGUGUGAAGUACAUUUCUUUUGUUCAGCUCAUGCUGAAGGACGUUUGCUACAAUAGCAUCUUUAAUCUCCUCCUUGGAGGGGGUUAUAUAAAUAUAUAUGUUACCAACGUAUGUUAAUACUGAGCCAUGCACCUGUCCGAAACCAUACGGCGAUCUUUGCAGUGCUAAAGAGUAGCACAGGGUGCUCCAAAUCUGUUACAGCACGCGGUUGUCCUACAUUCGCAUUCGAAUCAAAGAUUGUGGGUUGAUGUUUUUUUUUUUAACUAUAAUUACGUAUCUUCAGUCGCCAUUGUUUCAAUGUACAGCUGAAGACUAGUUCAUUUAAUUUUAUAAGCGUAGGUAUUUAUUUAUUUCUUUUUGGAUGUUUGGUGCAUCUGGGGUUUUCAGCGAAGCACUUUUAUAUUCCUCUGAUACUGUGAUUGGUCAGUCUUAAUUUAUGGUGACCAAAUGAUUCCAUGAAAAACCCUUUGUAACGACGUAGGUGCACGAGGGUGAAACGCCCUUCAAAACAUUGCUUUGUCCACUGUGAGACCCUACAGCUAUAGUUGACUUUAGGGGGCCGAUCCACUAAGGGUCGAAUAUCGAGGGUUAAUUAACCCUCAAUAUUCGACUAGGAAUUAAAAUCCUUCGACUUCGAAUAUCGAAGUCGAAGGAUUUAGCGCAGAUAGUGCGAUCGAACGAUCGAAGGA